UGAAAACAAGUUCCACGAAGAGGAUCGAAGAAUAUUGGAUUCUCGCGAAUCUAGCGGGCUGGUCAGCUGAAGCAGCAGGCGCAACUUUUUUUCCCCCCAGGCUUGUGUUUAUUUACGCGAGCUGUACGGCGCCCAGAGCGAAGUUUACGCUCCAGAAUUCAGCACCGGAGCUGUCCAGCUUCUCAGCUCGCGCCUCAAAACGACGCUGUUUUCUCGGCUGCGGAAUAUUUGUUUGACUGGGUUACACACACCGUGCACACACUGACCGCCGCGAUCACACUACGCGCAUAGCGUUCAUUGACGGAAGCGAGCCUUGAAAUGACCGCCGGCAGCGCGUGAGGGGAGAAGAAGAAAUCGAGUCCCGAGUACCGGAGCACCAUCCCAUUUCCUUCAGCCAUGGGUGUGCUGAUGUCCAAGAAGCAGCAGGUGGAGAAGGUGCAGAAGUGCAGCGCGGUGGUGUCGGCGUUUAAAGACGGUCUGAAGGACCGGGCGGCCCCGGCGGCCGAAGAGGUCGUAGCUGAGAACGGGGACGAAUCUGCCGAAGGAUCCCAACAGGCGAACAAGGAGCGUACUGAACAGAAAGACAAGGACAGCAAAGCAGGCUCAUUACCAAAUCAACAGGCCUCAGCUCCGCUCAGAGAGGAGCAGAAGGCCAAUCAGGAGGCUUGGGGGCGGCUCCGCGAUGGGAAGGGGGUGGAGCCCGAGGAUCUAAAGAAGGCACAUCAGCUCACUCCUCCCGCCUUUGUGAGGCCAAAGAGAGAGGUCAAUGACGACCAACCAGUAGACGUGCCGCUUGGGCAAAGAGAGCAGCCCGUGAACGACGAGAUGUGCGAGGUGUGUGAGGUUUGGACGGCAGACGAUCUGUUUCCCUGCCGAACGUGCACGAGGGUCUUCCACGACGGCUGUCUGCGGGAGAUGGGUUACCUGAGCUCUGAAGCCCUGCAGGAAAUGAGAGAGACGGCCCACACCACCACCGGCUGGAGCUGCUAUUACUGCGAUAAUGUGAACCUGCUGCUUACCGAAGAAGAGAUGUACAGUCUGAUGGAAACCUUCAAGCAGUGCAAGAUCAUCCCAGAGUCGUGCCUGGUGUCAGAUGAACUCCUGCAGUACAGGCACUUUGUGACCAAGCAGCUCUUCGAAAGAGAUUUGACCGAUGAGGAGGAAGAGGAGGUUCUGGCCCAGUUUGCAGCUCUGGAUCCAGACAAGAAGGGUCAGAUCGAGUGGUCGGACUUCCUCUACCACGAGUCACUUUCAGUGCUGCAGAAGUUCCGGACCGAGAAUUCGCUGGUGAGAAUCCUCACAGCGAAGGAGAAGGAUCGAGCACGGGCCGUGUUUCAGAGUAUAGACCAGGACAAAGAUGGGAUCAUUACUGCUGGAGAAGCCAGAAAAGCCCAAACCUCCUGGUUCCACAAGAUUAACAAAGAAUCCCAGUCCUGCAGUGUCAGACUCAUGGGAUUGUGUUCCCCUUUGUUCAGUAUGGGUAUCAGCCAUGUAGGUCCAAUAUCUGAGAGCAGUCCUGCCAGUUCCAGCAGCGAGCGAAGCAGAGAUAAAGCCUUGGAAAAUGAUAACAGACCCGUUACCUGGGCCAACUUCCUGCGGGAGAGCGCCAUCUACAUCCUUGCUGCGAGGCCCAACAGCCCAGCCAUGCACAUCCGCUUACCACUCUAACCCUGGCCACAUAGCCUGAGACUUCCAGAGGGGCUUCCCGGGUCCAGAUUCACAAGAGAGCGGCGCUGAGGACUAAACUGAAAGUCACACGAGAGUCAAACGCUAAAGAGUACGCCACCACACGCUAAGACUGUACAAGGCAUCGACGGAUUCUUCCUCUAACGACACAAUCUAAUAGCGACACUGACAAAUUCAACGCUACUGAAUAGCACAUCUGUCACCACUUCUUGAGCUUUUUACGAGCUUGUAUGGUUUCCGUUUUUGUGACAAAGUAACUGUUUUGAUCAGAGAAGCUGCUGCAAGAAACACCGUCAAGCAUUGUGUUUUUGAUGUUAACGUGUUGUAUCAUUUUUGAGUUGGGUGAGUUGCGAUCGAUGGAUCCAUGCGAGAGCAGUGGUUGAAUCAUUGCUGAUCUAAUUUCAGUCACCACAAAAUAUGAAUAUAAUAUAGUGGGCAGCAGUUGUGCCAUACAGGAAUUAAAGUGAGAUGCUAUGAUAUACUAUAUACAGUCUAUAUACAUACAAAAUGUAUUUAUUCCCAUACUUUCAGGGAUGGAUUAUGGACUAGGCCAAGGAGCUUCCAGACUGCCAGGGGCCUAAAGCUGUGACAUAGGAAAACAAUUGAAAUUGUUGACAGACAACCACUACCACUAACUAAGAUACUGGAUAUACUAAAAAGGUUUGCAUCAGUUUGAAUUUUCACUUGACAACGUGCGUGUCAGAAUUAUCAGAAGCUGUAAUUUUUUUUUUUAUAUUGUAUUUUAUAUUGUAUUUCUAUGUGAAACAUGAUAAGGAGGCGGAACUUAAUUUUAGCUAGAUUGUGAAGUACGAUCUUCAUUUCUAAAAUUCAGUGAGCUGCCAGUUUAGGCAGUAUUUCAAGGCAACGUGGGAAUGUUUCUGAUGCAAAAUCUGUAUAGGCAGCAUAUAUUAGCAAAUUAAUAGUGAAAAUCGUAUAAAAAAUAUUUGUAUGUAAUUUUAAAAAUGCGAUUUUACCCAGUAUUUGUAUAUUUAUAGCUAGUUGAGUUUUGAUUUGUUAGCUAGCAAACGUUAAUUCCAAAUUCCAUUGAAAUUUAACUGAGAUAGGUCUUAUUAUAAUUAUCAUACUCUUUAAGGUAAAUCAUUUUAACUUAUAAUACUUAUGAUUAAUUAAAUAAAAUGACUUUAAUUAAACAUAAUUAAAAUUAAUUAUGUUAACCCAUAUUUGUUUGUGUGUAUGGGGUUAUUAGAGAGUUGCAUUGUUAGCAUAAGCUACAUUUUAAUUACAAACCAAUUUCUAUUGAAACUAAUUCAAUCGAGUCAUAAUUCUGAUACUUUUAAGGUACUUUAUUUUGAUUAACACUAUUUUAAAAUCGAAUUAAAUAUCUAACUUAUUUAUUAUUUCACCCAAUAUGAGUGUUUUUUUGCGUUUUAGAGUGCUGUUUCAUUAGCUUAGCAUGUUGCUAAAACUAUGUUGCAAAACUAUUAAAAUUGAUUUUGAAUCAAGUUUCUGCAUAAUUAUCUUCUUUCUAUGAUAACUCAUUUUGACCUUCAAGUAUGGAUAAGUAUGGAUUGCCCAAAUAUUUGUUGUAUAUUUUUCUACCUAAGUGUUGUUAACAUAGCAUCAUGCUAAUGCCAAACUCUAAAAUCAACCGAGUCGUCUAAAUCCUACGUGCUUCAUUAUUCAUAAUUGAAAAUAAAUUCAAUCAUGAUUGAAAAUAAAGUCAGAUUGGUCACUUUUAAGGUAUCAUGUCAGAAUUAUGUCUUAAAGCAGCUCACUGGGCUGAAAUAAAAAAAAUAAUAAAGUAUUAAAGUAGCAAUUUUGGAAUGCAAAGCUGCUAUUACAAUAAAUAAGAUCUCAUUUAGUAUUUCUUUAAUCCCUGGGGAAAAGGUAACAAAGUGGGGCUAGUAGGUCCAUAAUCCAUCCUUGCAUACCUUGUGUCAUGACCUGUUGUUUUAUUUUCAUUUUAUUUUUUUUUAACUUGCUUGUUAUUACACUUUACUGGGUCUGUAAAAAAAAUGUAACACCUGUAGAAGUGACAUUAUUCAGUGUUGAGCUAAAACAGCUGAUGCAAACAUAUAACCUUCCCAAACACACACUCAAAUUCUAAUUUAAAGGCCUCAAAAUGUUGAUAACCGUGUUUAGGACUGACUGUCUAAACAAAGCUGACCCAGAGACCUUCCUCCCUUGUUUUUAUUUAUGUUGAAUUUGUUCUUAGAUCUGGUGCAGAUGAAAACACUUUCUAAUAUCUAAAACCUUUUAUUCAUAGUUGUUAAUCAUGCACACUUCGGUAAAAUGCCACCUGGCUUUACACUCAUUAUAUCAAACUGUAUGAGGGAUAUGAAACAUGUCCGCUCUUGUUUAUGUGGUCAUAUCCACUGUACUGUAUUUGCUUAUAGAACGUUUGUGUUGGGUUGGAUUGCUCAAGGCGGUUAUUUGAAGGGACUGUGCAAUACUCUGAGUUUUGCUGGUAGUGCUGAAAAUAAAUGCAUGAUGUUAACUUCAAAAAUUA